GCCUCAGGCUGAGGUGAGCGGCGGCGCGUGAACUGUUGGUCCGGUUCUGGGCUCGCGGCCCAGCGGCCCUGUCCGGUCCUCUCGAAGACUAGCGGCGGAAGGCAUGGCUCGGACGCCCACGCCGGGCAGCAGGAGGCUGAGCGGGCUCCCUGUGCCUAGCCCUGGUCUGCUGCCCAGCGCCGGGCGUCCUCCGAAUAAGAGAGUCCGGGCUUUCCCCGCAGUGGUCUUCUCGGACCCCGAAGACCCGUUCGGCGCGCACGGGGAUUUCACUGAAGACGACCUAGAAGAGCUUGACACGCUCGCAUCACAGGCUCUGAGCCAGGGUCCGGCCGCGCCUCGGGACGUGUCCAAUGCUCAGAAGGCCCCCAGAUUAGAUGGAAUGUCAAAAAAUUCUUCAGGGAAAUACAGAGAAAGUGUUCAAGUUAAAGAUAAUUUUGAGUUAGAGGUACUUCAAGCACAAUAUAAAGAACUUAAAGAAAAGAUGAAGGCAAUGGAAGAAGAAGUCCUCAUUAAAAAUGGAGAAAUUAAAAUUUUGCGGGACUCACUGCAUCAGUCAGAAUCCAUCCUGGAGGAACAAAGAAAAUCUCAUUUCCUUCUUGAACAAGAGAAAGCCCAAGCACUCAAUGACAAAGAAAAGGAAUUCUCCAAAAAGCUCCAGUCAUUGCAGUCUGAACUCCAGUUUAAAGAUGCAGAGAUGAAUGAAUUAAGGACAAAGCUUCAGAGCUGUGAACGAACAAAUAAACUCUCUGUUCCCUCUGUUUCUCAUGUCAGCCCUAGGAAAAGCCCUUCUGUGAUUAUAAAACCAGAAGCAAGUUCUCCACAGUUUGGAAAACCAUCUUUUCCCACAAAGGAGUCUUUUACUGCUAAUAUGUCCCUUCUGCAUUCCUGCCAUUCAGAGCCUGGAUACAAGUCCCUAGUAGGCAGAGAGGUUUCAGAGAAUAAAGUGCAUAAUUCAGGAACUGACCCAAUGAAGCAAGAAGAGUUCAAGAAGAGUUUUGUUGAUAGCUGGAUACAGAGAUCAAAUACUCAAGGUUCCAUUUUGAUAAACCUUCUCUUGAAACAACCUUUGAUCCCAGGAUCACCCCUUGGUCUGUGCCACCUCUUGAGUAGUUGUUCUGAAGCUCCUGUUGGCACCCUGUUGCAGCCACCAGGCUUUGGCAGUACCUUGACUGGGAUUUCAGGCCUGAGGACUGCAGGUUCUCGUGAAGGGUCCUUUUCUCUGUCGGCCCUAAGAGAAGCACAGAAUCUGGCGCUCACUGGACUGAAUCUGAUUGUCAGAAAUGAAGGUUCUGGUGAUGGAAACCCAGCAGAGGACGGCACAGCGCCCUUCCCUCUCAGCCAGUUUCCUGGAGCUGUGCAUCUCCUUCCCCUGGUACAGUUCUUUGUUGGCUUACACUGCCAGGCUCUGCAGGAUUUGGCAGCAGCCAAAAGAAGCGGAGCACCUGGGGAUUCCCCAGCACAUUCUUCCCGUGGGAGUUCUGGGGUAGAGACCAGCCCUGAGGAUUCACCUUUCAACGUGGAAGGCUUCUCUGUGGCAUCACUUAGCAUCCUUCAGCACCUGGUGUGCCACAGUGGAGCAGUCGUCCACUUGUUGCUAUCAGGAGUGGGGGUGGAUUCUGCUGCUAGAAAAGGAAGCCAGAACAUGGCUGAGAGACAUGAACAAGGGGAUGUGACUUCGGCCCCAGGGGGGCUUGCUGAUGACCAAGACCAACAUCCACUAUUGAGGAUGCUUCUUCGCCUGUUGACUUUCUCUUCUGCUGCAGCAGGUCACCCUCAAGGCAGUGUCCUUAGCCAGUGCCUUAAGGUGUUGGUGAAAUUAGCUGAAAAUGCUUCCUUUGAUUUCUUGCCCAGGUUCCAGUGUGUGUUCCCAGUGCUACCACAGUGCCUCAGCCCAGACACACCACUGCCCAGCGUGCUUCUGGCUGUGGAGCUGCUCUCUCUCCUGGUGGACCAUGAGAAGCUCCUGCCUCAGCUCUGCUCCCACUCAGAAGGCUGCCUCCUCCUGCUGCUGUACAUGUACAUCAUAUCAAGGCCUGACAGAGUCGCCUCAGAGUCGCAGUGGCUUCAGCUGGAACAAGAGGCCGUGUGGCUCCUGGCGAAGCUUGGGGUGCACAACUCCACCUCUCCAGUCACUGGCUCCGACUGCCAGUGCAAUGUGGAGGUGGUCAGGGCGCUCACAGUGAUGCUACACAGACAGUGGCUGACAGUACGGUGGGUAGGGGGACACCCGAAGACUGAGCAGCAGAAGCGGACAGUGCGGUGUCUGCGGGACACGGUGCUGCUGAUGCACAGCCUGGCCCAGAGGGACAAGCUCUUCACAGUGCACUGUGUGGAGGUCCUGCACCAGUACGACCAGGUGAUGCCAGGGGUCAGCGUGCUGAUUCGAGGGCUUCCUGACCUGACAGAUUGUGAAGAGGCAGCCCUGGAUGACCUGUGCGCUGCCGAGACCGAUGCCGACGACCAUGACAUGGACUGUAGCUGAGGCUUGUGCGCUCUGGGCCACAUGGUGGCGGCAGCAGCACCACCGCUUUCCUCACCUCCUUUGCUGAUUAAAAGAGUGCAGCUUGUG